AUGGCUCAUCAUCAUCUUCCUACUCAUACCCCACCACCCCUCCAAUCCCCGGCGCUUCCGGCCUCCUUACCUGAACGUCCCCCGCAACCUACUUCCUCACUUCCUCCACCUUCGGCAUCACUCCCUCCCAAACCCUCCACCAAUGUAACGCCCAAUCUACCCAAUCACGUUGAGCCUCAAAAGAGUCUCACGAUACCUGUCCCAGGUUCCUUUAUUCCGAUACGGAACACUGCUCUGAAGCCACCCAAAUCUUCACUGAAGCAAUUUUUCCCUGCGUUCACGGAAGACGAGGAAUCUGCUUCUAAUACGCCACAGGAGCAGCAGGCUCAGACAGAGGUCGAAGUUGCCGGACGAGAUCUAGAGGUCACGCCUACCAAUAACCACUUGAUAGACGCACCGCACUUUGUGCCCUCUUCAAAUCAAUUACCCCCGCCGUCACCAAAACAGUCUUCUGUCUCUGAUCACGGAGGUCAAAAGACGUCUAAAGAACCUACACCGGUACCUCAAGCUGAGGAGUCCUGUGUCGCCGCGCAACCGUCUGACGCGGUUGCUCCCCCGCCGCCCCGACCAGAACUUUACUCUAUUGUCGGUCAGGUCGGAGAGGGGACGUUUGGCAAGGUGUACAAGGCGCGGAAUGCGAUUACGAAUACUCAUGUAGCAUUAAAGCGUAUAAGAAUGGAGACCGAGAAGGAUGGGUUCCCUGUGACUGCGAUGCGCGAAAUCAAACUUCUACAAUCCCUACGACAUGACAAUGUUGUAAGGCUUUUUGAGAUGAUGGUUUCGAGUGGAUCUGCAUACAUGGUUUUCGAGUACAUGGACCACGAUUUGACGGGUGUCCUCGCCCAGACACAAUUCCAGUUCUCUGCAGCUCACCUCAAAUCCCUCUGUCAUCAGAUGUUUCGAGGCUUGGCUUAUCUCCACCACAAAGGAGUUAUACAUCGUGACAUCAAGGGUUCAAACAUUCUUAUCAACAACCUAGGCGAGUUGAAGCUAGCUGACUUUGGGUUGGCCCGAUUUUAUCAGAAGAGACGGAAGGCUGAUUACACGAACCGUGUGAUCACUCUAUGGUAUCGACCACCCGAGUUGUUGUUUGGAGCAACCGUGUAUGGACCGGAAGUGGACAUCUGGAGUGCAGGGUGCAUAAUGCUGGAGCUUUUUACCAAGAAGCCAAUAUUUCAAGGUAACGACGAGCUGUCCCAACUGGAGGCGAUAUAUAAGGUAUUUGGAACGCCGACUCUUCAGCGUUGGUCUGGCUUUGCGAACCUGCCCUGGUACGAAAUGGUCAAGCCGAAAGACACCAUCUCAAACCGUUUUCGGGAACUAUUCCGCAAAUGGUUGUCACCUGCAGCGAUAGACCUUGCAGAUCAACUGUUAGACUACGAUCCUGCCAAGCGUGUUACCGCAGCUCAGGCGAUGGACGCACCAUACUUUUUAACGGAAGAACCUAUGGCAGAAAAACCCACCAGUCUUGCUACCCUAGAGGGCGAGUGGCAUGAACUGGAAACAAAACGUGCCAAGAAGAAGAAGCGCGAGUAA